UAUCACUUCCCUGCACUUGGAUGUACACAGACUAGACUUUUGCUCCAUGAAAUUAAUUUUCCCUGCUUAAGGUCAGUGUAGAUAGAAGAAAGGAAAAGCCCUUCAAAAUGUGCGACAGAGGAAAACUGCUUCUUGCUGCAAUUGUUUUCUACUACAAAGUGACUGCAGGGAGCGCAAAACUGGACAUGGCCCCAAAUGCUGUAGAUUACAUGUACAACGGAUGCCGUGAAGAGGCCAUGGAGAAUUUUAUCCAUUCAGGUCUCUUAAGACAAGAGCUAAACAACAGUAAGGAAUUCCAGAAAGCAUGGGAUGCAGAUACUCGUUGUUUAAAGCUGAUCCCUGGAGGAACAAAAGAACAUACCGCUGCACUGUUGGCAUAUGCUGAUUGGGAUGAAGAUGGAAAUACCUUUGACAAUGCAGUAGAGACACUGGGUGGAAAUGAAAACAUCUAUGAAAAACAAUUCCAUUUCAAGGCUCUUCACUUCCUGCUCAUGGAUUCAAUGUUGCUGCUGAGUACAAAGAAGUGCACGACUCUGUAUGCUGUCCAAGAAAAAGAAUACACAGCACAAAAGGGCUCGAAGGUGAGAUUUGGAAGGUUCGCCAAAGUUCACUCAAGUGUCAGUAAGCUAAUGGUCGAUUUACAUCGGCAAGUCCUCUUUAAUAUCACUUCUUGCUUCUUUGCUAACCUUGGAGACAACAUUUGCAGCCAAGACCAGAGUAUGACACUCAUAUCUCCAGCUGAAGUGUUCACUGUGGAGGCAGUAAAUGAAAAAACUGAGGAUGAUUCUGAAUUCACUGAGAUCGUUUUGAAACACUCAGAACUGGACAGCUCGCACAACUGUUACAGUCUGUCAGGGUCCCCAGCUGAUGUCUCCACCAAGUGGCUUGUGUUGAUGCUUGUGGCUUUAUCUCUUUUUUUCUUUAACUAUUGAGAACAAAUGGGACACAAAUAGCUGCUCAGAUUGCACUGAGUUACAGAAAAUGCUUUUUUUGUACUAUCGAACAAUAAACAUCUGUUUUGCUUCGAUGCAGCCAAAUAAGGUGUGGCAAACUUUUGUAGCCCGCUGAAAAAAUACGGUCAUAAGACUGUUGUUUAAUGGCUUCAAACACAUUUGCUUUAUGCUUAUCAGCAGAUAUAUACUGCAAGCUUAUAUUUCUGAGGAAAAUGUUCUUUUAUACUUUUUGGGGGCAUUUCAUAUGUUUGAGGGAAACAUGAUGGAAACUUUUCAUUUGUCUUUAAUACAAGGUCAAAUAAUUAAUAGUUGUUUCCUCUCAUGAUAAUUAAAACAAUCAAAACCAUGAGGAAGAUUGAUAUUGAAUUCAGACAUUACCCUUGUGUUACACCAUUUUACAUUUCUCAGAAUUACAGCAUGCGCUAUGAUGACAAUAUUGUAGUGCAAAUUGGCAUCAAUAGAAGUAGACGCAUACAUAAGAUCCUAUAUUGUCGAGUGAAGAAUGGACUGUUUAAUCUGUAAAUGGCAUGCAUAAGUUUAUUUAACUUGUCUUCUCAAGUUUAGUGAAUUUAACAUAACUGUUUUUACAUUUUACAGUUAAUCUAUAUGAUAAUACAACAAUUACAUGUAAAUUCACAAUAAAAGGCUAUAUAUAAUUUGUGUCUGUGUUUGACUCUGCACCAAAACAUCAGAAUAUGAUAUUGUACAUACUUAUCAUAUGCAACAAAAAAUGAAUACUUACAGUAAACAGCAACUAUGUUAGUACUCUACGAACAGUCACAAACAAGUUUUUUUUAAAUGCAAAAUGCUUUUUUCAAACUAACAGAAAUUACAACAGCAAGCACUUGUGAACGUACACUCAACCAGGAUCACUUAAUAUCAGGGUCACUAUAAUAGAUUUAAGGGCAUUAACGCUGGAAGAGCAGCAGUAAUACUGAUGCUGCAGUUAUAGUUGACGAAAUUCACUGAGUAAUGGUCUGAUGUUAUUAAAUAUAUGUAUAACAUGAGUACACAAAAUGUCAAAAGCAGACGAAAGUAUAUGAUGAUGAUGAUGAUGAUGACAAAGUAUCUGGGAUAACAAUAUCCUUGGAAAGUUAUACUCAAACUGAAAAUACAUGUGUCAUGUUUUUGUGUUGAUUGGGUUAACCUUAAUUACCUCCAUGAUCUUACUGCAUAUCACAGCCACUGCUGUAGCUGUUGAUAAACGGGCCAAGUCAUCAGGGAGGCACGACUCAGUUUGAAAACCUCUGGUGUAGAUUGAAAAAAAAUCAACAAUAUUUCCAGAUUUCUAAACGUUCACCACAACUAUCAGUUAAUUAACAUUAUCAGACCUAUAAGUAAAGAAAAAAUCUGAAUUUCUGAGCUCAAAUGAAUAUGUCAAAUACAGCAAGUUAGCUGGAUUGCGUCCAGUGGAGACAACUAACUGUCUUUAUUAUGGGCCUCAGAGUUGGGUCUUAACCUGUGUCCAUGGGAACAAGUGCUCUUGUCUUUGCUGAGGAUGCUGGUGUCGACCCGAGAUAGGGUGCACAUGCUGCUCUGGCGACCCGGUCGAA